AUGGCGCCCCAAAAAUUCACAAGCGUGCGCCUGAAGUCCCGGCCUACGCUCGUUCCCUUCAAGGACGAUACUAGCCUCAUCGCUGUCCGCUACGAGAAGACGGUCCAGGCAGAGCCUCCCAUCCCUAUUCUAACGCGCCUCCCCCCGAGGUCUCUGUCCGUCAGGACGCGCCGUACCUACGCUUCCGAAACUUCAACUCUCUCAAGUCCGCCUACCAGUCCCGUCGUCGUCACUCCUCCUCCCGCCAUCGAACAGCACCCUGCCUUUCGACCCCGAUUGCCCGACCUCGAUACCGCUGCAAACGAUUGGAAGAGGGAUUCGGGUCUCGCACGCACUACUUCUUCUUCGGCCACCAUAGUUGAGGAGUGCGACGAGGAAGGCUACACGCCCGUCAAGGUCGCUUCCUUGAUCGUCGCCAGCGAGAUUGUGCAACAGCGGGAGCUCGUGGCACCCUCACCUUCACCCUCCGUCUACGACGGCGAAUCCGUCUACUCCACCGACCAGCCCGCUGCGAGCAGACAGACCCCUUCCGGUCGAUGCAUGCCAGCAUCUGGCCCGACGUCCGUCGCCAUGGACCAUUAUCAUUUUGCACAGCUCCAAAUUGCCGAACGAAAGACGUCUGGUAGCCUUGGCAGCUCAUUAUCGGCGGAUUCUCCGCUUGAGUUGCGGGAUGGGCGUUUAAGCGACCUAUCACCUGCAGCUGCACCAAUGAUCACCCCGGCGCGGGGCUUCUCAUUUACAGCCUCCGAUAAGUCGCCUAAUCUGUCCCCUGUCGACAUCCCCGACGACCUCGACCUCCUGAGCAAGGAUGCCACCGACUUCUCCCCCAUUUCAAUCUCCAUCCCCACCGUCAGUCUCCUUGAUGAUGAUUUCCUGACGACCCUCUCCUUCUCCAAUCGUGGCAGUCUAAUGUUUGGCGGUCGCCGCGCUUUCCCCGCACAAACAACCGACGGAACAAUGGAAGACAAGUCGCCGACGGGCGAUGCUCACCCUCACGCUCACGCUCACGCUCAUGCUCACGCGUCUUCGUCUGCGCCCGCGCUUGUGCCUGCAUCAGCCCCGACUCCUGUAUCUGAGCCUGCGCCCCCCGUCCUCCACGUCCAAUACGAGGAGCCACCUCAGGGCACCGCCGCCGACAUGGCUGAACCCACCAUGACUGAGGCUACUUCAAGCGAGGUCCCUCCACAUGGAGUCGCUCCGGGCGACGCCGCCCCAACGAUGGAGCCCAGUGCACCAGACACCAGCGCCAUCUUGGCCGCCGCGAACGAUUCAAAUGUCCCCGAGACGAAAACCGAGACGGAGACCCAGGCGAUGAACGAGGCGACUGCCACCGAACCAAGCGCCACAGAGAUAGCCGCAGAGACGGCAUCGCAAACUGCAAUGGCAGCGCCCAGUAUCCGCGUCCUGUCUGCGGACGUGGAGUUGGAAUCUCGAAAGGUGAGAUCGCUCUAUGCAUCUGGCGAUAGCAUCAAUUGGGAAGACGGAGGACGACCGUCGGAUGUCGGCGAGCGGUUGGAUUCAACUCUCGAAACCCCGACGGACGAGGCUGAGAACGAUCCCGUCGCCGAGCUCCAACCUCCUGCAUGGGGUACUCCAAGAUCUGGAAGUUCCUAUUCACAACGUCCCGAAAUAAGAAGCGAGUAUGAGGUGGCUGGCGGUUACGAAGACUGGGAAGACCUCAACGGCUAUGACGUCGACCGGUACGGUUUCAUCAACCCACGCAAGCCCGAGGCGAGAGUGGGCAGCCCCACCAACCUUAAGUCUUCGCAGUUCGCUCCCAAGAAGAAGAACAUCCUGAAAAGGGACCCGUUUGGUUUGGGCUUGCCGCUUCGGGGACCCAGUAGGAAGGUGUCUGCCAGAUCCCUCAAUACCCAGACAUCCAAAGCUUCGGCUGCAUCUCGUCGAUCGACUCGGUCGGCGAUUCGCCAUGCGGGCAACCUGCUCCCCCACAACCGCGAUCGACGGUGGAUGGAUGAGGCCGGGGGUAUGCUGUCACUCUCUCUGGGGGAUGAAGAGAACAUCGAAAAGAUCUCCGAGGCUAUCAAGAGAAAGGAGUGGGAGAGGUCGGAGAAGUGGCGAAAGAUGGCCAAGGUCACUAGGAAGGGCAAGGACGGCGAAGGCAUGGAGUUUGACUUCGACGUGAAAAACCAGAAACUCAUCGACAGGACGUGGAAGGGCAUACCCGACCGUUGGAGGGCCUCCGCCUGGUAUUCGUUCAUGGCAUCGGCUGCAAGGGCUCACAAGGACUCUCCAUCAGAGGAUUCCAUCAUAACCGACUUUCACCGUCUCCAGUGCAGAGGCUCGCCGGAUGACGUACAGAUCGACCUGGAUGUCCCACGUACAAUCAGCAGGCACGUCAUGUUCCGGAAGCGCUACACCGGCGGUCAGCGAUUGCUAUUCCGGGUCUUGCACGCGCUGUCACUCUACUUUCCGAACACCGGCUAUGUUCAAGGCAUGGCCUCGCUGGCAGCAACUCUGCUUUGUUACUUUGAUGAAGAGAAGUGUUUCGUCAUGCUGGUUCGCUUGUGGCAGCUUCGUGGGUUGGAGAAGCUGUACAGCCCCGGUUUUGACGGGUUAAUGGCGGCUCUGGACGACUUGCAGACCAAGUGGCUGAACGGCAAGGACGUCGCCAAAAAGCUGACUGAGCUCUGCAUCGACCCUACCGCCUAUGGUACCCGAUGGUAUUUAACUCUUUUCAACUUGUCGAUCCCCUUCGCCGCCCAGCUUCGCGUAUGGGAUGUGUUUCUACUUCUCGGCGAGAACCCUGAGCCUUCCGCGAGCAAGGCCAGCGAUUUGCCAAUUACCAUGACAGGCAUCGAUAUUCUGCAUGCCACCAGCGCGGCUUUGAUCCAUGCGCUGAGAGAAGUCCUUCUGGACUCCGACUUUGAGAACGCCAUGAAGGCGUUGACCUCGUGGAUCCCCGUGAAGGAUGAGGACUUGUUGAUGAAGGUGACGCGGGCGGAGUGGAAGUCCCGCCAGAAGAAGAAGUUCUAG